GAAAAAAACACAGCUGGAUCCAGCUAGCGGCUCCGCUAGCUGCCUUUAGCUCGUAAAGCUGCUUGUUUUCUCCGGGAUUUCGUCAAGCUGCUGGUGCGUCUCAUGAUGCCAUGUGAACAUGGAGGCUCCUGAGUACCUGGACUUGGACGAGAUCGACUUCUCUGAUGAUUCAGUGUAUUCGGUGACGUCUCUGAAGAGUAUCCCAGAGCUGUCUAGGAGGAGCGAUGGUCAGGCUGAAGACAGACCAGCUCCCGCCAUCAACUGGAGUCGUGGUGUUUCCUCCCACAGCGGAGGGGGAAUCAAACCCACAGGGCUCGUGGAGGUCCACAGCAAGUUCCGGCCCGUGAAAAGAGUAUCGCCCCUUAAACACCAGCCAGAGACCACCAACUCCGACACCCAUGACAAAGACCAGCAACAGGGGCUGGACCUGGGGGAGACGGGUGAGGGCAGCAAGGAUGACGCUGGCUCUGGCAAACCUACGUCCUCCUUUGAAGGCUUGGGGGUAAAGGUCAAAGGUCUGGCCGGCAGCAGUGUUGGUGUUGUUGGAAAUGCCAACCCUCAGGUCCUGUUUGGGGAGCUGGAGCACUAUGAUCUUGACAUGGAUGAAAUCCUGGAUGUGCCUUAUAUCAAGUCCAGUCAGCAGAUGUCCACGCUGCCUCGUGUCCCUCACGACAAGCGCUCGGUGUCGGGCAACAGUCUGGGAGGAGGGACCCUGGAGAGAAAUAGGAAGAGUGCCACACUGGUUCACAACGAGUCUCUGAGUCUGGGCAGCAGCAGCUCACAAACACCAUAUUGUGUGCUGUCUCCUGUGAAAUGGUCUGACCUGAGGAAAUCUAAGUCCAUGGAUCCAGACCUCCACCACCUCCACCGCUCCCCUGCUGGAGGAGGAUACCAGCCUGAACUGCUGUCCUCUGGUCUCCUCAGCUGUUCCUCCUCCCUCUCGUCUUUCUCAGAUGCAGACAAGUUGCUGUCAGCUCGGGUCUAUCCAGAUUCCCAGAGCCAGAGGCCGGGUGUGGAGCCUCCAGGAGGUUUAGGACUGAUGUUCCCUCUGCCGGGUGGCAGCAUGAGCCGGCAGGAUGGAUCCAAUCCCUGGACCUCUGGACCAGGAGGAGGAGGCUCCCAGAGAGGGUUUGGAAGUGCCGGAGGGGAAGUAGACGAGGAGACGAAGAAGAACCAGAACAUCAUCAACAUUAUCAGAGAAGGACAGAUCUCACUGCUGCCUCACCUGGCAGCUGAUAAUCUGGAGCUGAUCAGAGAUGAGGACGGCAACAAUCUUCUCCACAUCUCGGCGUCUCACGGUCACGCUGACUGUCUGCAGCACCUCACGUCUCUGAUGGGGGAGGACGGUCUCAAUGAACGCAACAACCAGCAGCUGACCCCGGCCGGCCUCGGGGUCAAGAAUGGUCACCUGGAGUGUGUGCGGUGGAUGGUGAGUGAGACGGAGGCCAUAGCCGAGCUCAGCUGCACCAGAGAACAUCCGAGUCUGAUCCACUACGCCGCCCGCCAUGGACAGGAGAAGGUUUUGCUGUGGUUGCUUCAGUUCAUGCAGGAACAGGCGAUCUCUCUGGACGAGGUGGACCAGAACGGCAACACUGCAGUUCAUGUAGCAGCUCAGUACGGACACCUUACCUGUAUACAGACCCUGGUGGAGUACGGGUCCAACGUGACUGUCCAGAACCAGCAGGGGGAGCGGCCUUCCCAGAGUGCCGAGCGGCAGGGACACACUACCUGUGCCCGUUACCUUGUUGUCGUGGAAACGUGCAUGUCACUGGCAUCCCAGGUUGUUAAACUGACCAAACAGCUAAACGAACAGGCAGCAGAGAGGACAGUCCUGCAGAAACAGCUGCACAGACUGAUGGACCCAACCAAGACCGACGGGACGCCGUUGAGGUCGCCCAGCUCCCAUCAGCCCUCAGUUGAGGCGUGGCCAGAGAUGAUGCUGACAGCGGAGGGAACUCCCUCUGAUGGCCAUUGGUUGGUUCGUCAGGGGGGUGUGGCCCCAGACUCGGUGCUCCGCCACUUAUUGGGGAAGGACUCCUCUGAACCCCUGUGUCCACGAGACAGACUGGCUCCAGCAGGGGGCUCAACCAGAGAAGGUCCCGGGGCUCCUGGGAGCCGCAGGGCGGGGCUAGCGGAAAGGCGCGAGCUAAAAUUAGCUAGACUCAAACAAAUUAUGCAACGCUCUCUCAGCGAAUCUGAUUCAGACGGUUAUCCGCCGGAGGAAGGGAAGAACCACGGGGGUUCAUCCGCAAAUACUGGAGUGCUGCGACCUGAUAGGCCCGUUCACCUGCCAAUCACAGAAGAGGAGCCCGUGCCGAACCACCUCCACCUAAUGAUGAGGAAGCACCUCCCCGCCUCCUCUUUGUCCUCUACAGCUGAGCGGAAGCAGGCAUUCUCUCUCAGCGGGUCCAAGUCUGUUGAUGGAGGCGGGUUCGAUCCUUCCCCCACCUCAAACAGCCUUGAGGCGAGAGAGGGCAAAGCAGCAGACUCCUCCACUGACAGCAACGACGCUGCCAACAGUCAGAAAGUGGCGACCAGCCCUAAGAGUGCCUUGAAGUCGCCCUCGUCUCGCAGGAAGACGUCUCAGACCCUCAAACUGAGGGUCACCUUUGACGAGCAGGUUCAUAAGAACUCCGGUCAGGAAGCAGAGCCAGCCAAAGGGCAUCAUGGGAAAGAGAGGACUCCAACAGCUAGUUCUGAGAACAAGCGACCUUUUGGGGCAUUCCGCUCCAUCAUGGAGACAUUGAGUGGGAACACAAACAACAACAACAACAGUGGUGGUCAAACAAACAGUGCGGGCAAACUGUCGAUAUGUCAGAGCGUAGGGGGCAAAAAGUCGGACAGCAGAGGAGGAGGACGCAACAAAAGCAAAACCAGUAUCAUCUAACAAAGUCCAAGAACCUCCAGAAGGUUCUUGCGGGCAAAGAGAGAUGCAUCAUCAGCAAACGUGGAGAGGUAGCGAGAAGGUAACGCCGACCAGCGGCGUCUUGGAUUAGAAUCAAAUUUCAAACCAUGGAGCCAGUUUAGUCUGUGUGGACGCGAUGCUUUUGUUGCAAUGUUUUUCAAGUUCCGCACCCCAUCCAACCAAGUAUCAUAAUGAACAGUACCAGGAAUCCAACUAUCAGACACACAGUAUUUGUCAUUUCACUACAACUACAUUAACAAUUUUUAAAUUCACUUUUUCCCCUUGUUUUGAUGUUGGAAUAAAAAAAAUCUUAAACCAUUUUUCCAGAGCUGAAAAAGAUUUGAAUGAAAAUUUCUUCCAUUCAGAUGUUUUUGGCUUGCCAUGUUGGCAGUUAACAGAAUAACAAAAAUGCAGGAAAUAGACUCUAAAAAGUAAUAAACACUCAUUAAAUUUAAAACAACUUUGUUCUUUAACCUUAGAGAAAACAUGUUCACAACAUAAUCCAAAUUUAUAUUUUUUAAAUAAUUGAUUGUACAAGUACAACCCCAAUUCCAAUGAAGUUGGGACGUUGUGUGAAAUGUUAAUAAAAACAGAAUACAAUGAUUUGCAAAUCC